AUGAACCCCUGCCUCCGCAUCCCCGAAAUUGUGCUCCAGGUGGUGCAGCAUGUCACCAGCGACACAACCCGUGCCGCGGCCACAACCACCCGUGCCGAUCUCGCGCGGCUAGCGCGGACUUCGCGUCUUUUCUCACACUUUGCGUUGGAGCAGCUCUGGGCAGACGAGCGCUUCUUGAAGCAAAGGGACAGGAUACUGAUCAAUCUGCUUCGCUGCUUUCCACCUGACCUGGUGACGCUCACCAAAACAGACAAAGGCGUGCGCGAAGUGCGUCAGCUGCGUCCCUUCAUCUUAUCUGACUUGGACCGCCCGGCGCGGUACUUCCAACUCAUCAGGAAGUUCUACCAUGAGCCCACCGACACCAAGCGGCUGGAAACGAGCAUCUUGAUGUUGUUUGCAACAUGGUUGCCCUGGGAUUGCAUGUUUCCUGCACUUGAACAGCUUCGGUGGACCAUCCCAUUCUCAUGGGACAGAGUUAACACUGGAGAUACACCGGAGGUCGUACUACUUCUUCGCGUCCUGCUGUCGCCUAAACUCAGAUCCCUGUCUCUGUGUGGAAUUGACAAGGGCACACUCUCUAUCCUCCCUCUUAUAGCCGCCCGCAAAUUGCCUCUUCAACACUUGACUCUCCACACAAAGAGAGAUGCAGACCUCUUUCCUGUGGAGUCGCUGGCGACGUUCUUGUGCACCAUAGACCCCCUUGAAAAGUUAGACAUUGCACCGUCACUUCAUCGCCAUGUAUUCCGCAAUCCCGAGUCACUUGCAAAUCUGGUAGAACUGCGCGUUACGGGCGGCACUGACACACCUCCCUCCGACACAGCAUUCCCGGCACUGAGGCGCUGUGUCUGGUCUGAGACCAACCUAACCGACGCCCCUCGAUUCCUGCGCGCCAUACAUACAUCUGCACUGGAGCUUCUCUCAUUCGAACCUGAACUCCCUGUUGCCACCACCACGCUUGUCUCACAUCUCUUUUCCGCGCUCGAUGCACUUGAAACAGCGCGCAGCUCACUGCGCAGCUUCGCCAUCAGAAACUCCAACUAUGAGCUGCUGUCGCGAUGGGAGUGGGACUGCCCGUGGCAAAUCGACCCGACGGCACUCUCCCACCUAGGCAACUUCCCCGGUCUAACCAACGUGACGUUGAUUGCGCCAGGCGGGUUCGGCGCCCUGGAUGACGCGGCCGUGACUGGGCUCCUUCAGCAGCUCCCGUGCCUCCAGCAGCUCUGCCUCACCCAGCCGAACUUGACGGCCGGGAGUCAGUUGACGCUCCGACUUUUAUCUGUUGCCGCACGCCACACAUGCCUGCAGCAUCUGGAAUUGACGAUGGACGACAGUGCCGGGCCGCCGGCGGGGCCCGUCGUCCCGUCAAAGAGCGUGCUCACGACGUUGGGUGUGGGGUACACAGGUAUUGCCCACACUGACCCGGCCCCGAUGGCGCACUUGCUCGCCAUGCUGUUUCCGGUGGUGAGGCAUAUCAAACACCAGUGGAUGGAUGACCGUGAGUAUCUCGACAACGACGGCCUGCUCUUCAACAUCGCUUUUGAUGAGGCAGACCAUUUCGCUGAGCGCUGGAAUGCGGUCUUGAGCUUGGUGGAAAGGAGGCAAAUUCGGAUAUCAGAGCAGUAA